AUGUGUACUGGUUCGGAAAGCAGGACAGUGUUCAGGUGCACCCUGCGUGACCCCAUUGUUCGUGGGAUACAAACGGAGCCUACCAUCACCGCUCCACAGCCCUGUGUCGUCAGGAGGAAAAACAAAACAGCUGUUACAGAAUUCAUGCUUCUGGGGUUUGGGAAUGGCCCUGAGUUGGAUUCUUCUUUUCUCUUCCUCUUGUUUUUGUCCAUCUAUAGUGCAACCAUAAUUGGAAACAUCAUCAUCAUUGUGCUGACAGCAUCUCAUCAGCACCUUCAGACCCCCAUGUACUUCUUCAUGAGCAAUUUGUCCUGCUUGGAAAUCUGCUACAGCUCAAAUAUCUUGCUAAGAAUGUUACUUAGCUCUCUGAGUGGAAACAGAAGUAUCUCAGUCAGGGGAUGCCUCGCACAAUACUCUUUCUUUGGCUGCCUGGCAGCUGCAGAGUGCUACCUCCUCGUGCCGAUGUCCUAUGGCCAGUACCCAGCGAUAUGCAAGCCCUGCACUACCCAUCAGGAUGAGGGCAAGCUCUGCCUGCAGCUGCCUGCUGCAUCCUGCCUCAGUAGCUUUCUAGCUGAUUCUAUACUGACAUAUGUCUGUGGAUCUAAUGAAACUGAACACUUCUGUGCCUCGUUGCUCAUCCUGGAGCUCUCCUACAGUGUGGCAGCACUUCUUGUUUCUGCUGUAGCAGGUGCGUGCUCCCUGCAUCCCUAACUGCUGACCUUCUCAUCACAUCUCGACAUCAUCACAGUCAUCAGGGUUCCUUUCGCCACUGAAAGGAAAAGGGACUUUUCUACUUGCUCCUCACACCUUACUGUGCUGAUCCUUUUUUACUGGUCAAUAUUAACCAUUUAUGUACUUCCUCAUCAGGAUACCCAAAUAUCUCCAGACAAAGUCUUCCCUGUUCUCACUCCCUUGUACAGUCCUUUCAUCCACAGUCUGAGAAACAAAGAAGUAAAGGCAGCUCUGCAAAAACACACCAGUAAAUUUCUCGGUGUCUGA